AUGUGCUACCACAACUACUCACAACACAAUGGGUGUGGUCAUAUUGGGGAAUCGCAUACGCAUCCAUGGACGCUGUGCGACGCGGCAAUCCAGAAGCUGAACGCCCUCCGGGGGCCCAACUCUCCACCAAUCUCCCCUCCUGCGCUAAACUUCGCAUCACCACCAAAGCGCAGCUCAUCUACACGGCGCUUCUUCUCGUUGAGUGGACAACUCUCGCGGUCAUCUACCAAUGCAUCGACAAAUUCGCGUCGCGCUGCUUCUGGCCCCUCAGGCACAGUUACGCCCCGAAAUUCUGAUUCAAGCUCAGGUUCUUACAAUUGUACCAUGACGCUGGAUUACAGCACCCUGCCAGACCACCAGCUCGCAGCUGUGAGGUGCGAAGUUCCAGUCAAGCGCACGCAUGUUAGUAGGCAAAUGGUCGUCUGUAAAGAUUGCGCACGCGAGAUUGGCCACAUGCGCAACAUGAUUCAGACAUACGAUAAAACCGGUAGCAUACGUGGCACCACAGCGUUUGAAAAAUUCCUCAAAUGGGAGGGUGAAGGCGGAGGGGAAAGGGAGGGCGAUCUGACGGUACCGCUGAAUGACGAUGAUGAUGCAGGGUUUUUUGGGGCGAGGCAAGCCAUCAUCCUGGGUCAUCCAGAGAGCGCGUUGAACGCUGAGGGACCAAAAGGCUUGGGAACGUUGGAACGAGAGAGGGGUGCCGGAUAUCGAUAUUGA